AUGGCUCGUCAAACUUCUCUGGAUUCCGAGCGCCCCAUGAUGGCUCAGUCGAACCGAGCCUCCAAGCGAUUCUCCACCGUCAGUGGCAGUCCCUCGCUCGCAGCAUCUGACCGCACAAACGGCAGCCUCCCCAGUGGUGACCCCCGAAUCGCCGACAUCUCCCAUCUCCACGAGGGUUUCGAGCGCCUAGAGAACAAGCCGCUCACCAAGCAGCGAUUCGUCCCCACCGCCGAGAAAUCCGACAACUUGAACAAACUCGCUCUCGGUGCGAAGGUCGAGCGCGCCCUCGGGCGCAGAAUGACCGGCCAGGACGCGGUUAUGCGCAAACCGCUCUCUGAGAAAUCCGAGGGUACCACCUCGCCUUGA